CAACGAGCAACACAGCAGCACAACAUUAUAUGGCUUAAAAUAAGGGAUUUGAUUGAAAGUACUAGCUGCCUCCUUAUUUUAUUUUUGCUUUUUUUUAGGGCAAUAUUUUAAAAUUUUUCACCCGUUUCUUCUUUUUCGUGUGGUCAAAACCCACUCACAGUCUAAAAGUUGUUACUUUUUUUUUUGGACUGUUGUAAUUAUUCUCCUCCGCCGCUCCUCCGCCCCUCUGCACCACCCCACCGCCAUCUCCGACCACAUCAUAAUGCCCCACUUCCACAUCCUCAUCGUUUUCUCAUUCCUUCUUCUCUCCGUCACCGCCGCCAGCCGCCUCCAGCGGCAGCUACUCCACCAGCCUUUACUGUCCUUCGAGCAAAACCCCUCUCCGGGCGCCACCGCCAUUUCUCAGCCGCCGUCCUCCUCCCCUUCUUCUCAACCACAACCCCAGCAGCCCAACUACCCUUUCACCACGCUUCCCCCACCUGUCGCUCCCACCACCAUCCCCGAGAGCCCUUUCUUCCCGGACAUCUCUUCUCCGCCGCUUCCGCCGCCUCCGCCGAUCUCCGCCACCGCGUUUGCAACCUUUCCGGCGAACAUCUCUUCCCUCGUCCUCCCUUCCUCCCCCCGCCCCUCCCACAAGCCCACCAAGCUCAUUUCCCUCAUUGUUGCCGUCUCCUUCUUUUCCGUCCUCGUUUUCACCUCCGUAGUCCUCCUCCUCCUCCGCCACCGCCGCCACCACUACCACGAGGACAAGUCCCUCAAAAGCGACAGCCUCCGCCUUUUCCCUCCCAACACCACCCCUAGCGACACUAGUGUCACCACCACCGGCGCCCCCGUCACCACCGACGCCAGCAAGAAGCCGCCGCCGCAGCUGUUCCCCCGCCACGCCCCUUCCUCCACCUCGUCGGAGUUCCUCUACCUCGGGACCCUCGUCAGCUCGCGGGACCCGGAGAACUACGCGGCCCCAAGCGCCGGACAAAAUGACGGAAAAGCCCCUCCCCCGCCGCCUAGCAACUACCAGAGGCUCGGCUCGCCGGAGCUCCAGCCGCUUCCGCCGUUGCCGCGCCAGCACUCUGGGCAAAUUUACCACAAUACCCCCCACGCCGAGGGAGAAGAAGAAAACAGCAACGCGGAUGAUGGAGAUGAACUGUUCUUCUCACCCAAAGGGUCCACCGCAAACAAUACUAGUCCUUUCCGCACCAGAUCCUCCACACCUCAGAACAACACCGGCAGCCGCUUCCACAAAACCGGAAACCUAAACCCAUUCGCCUGCAACUCUCCGGUGUACUCCAUCUCCCCGGAUAAUAGCCCGUCGGUCGCCCUCAAUUCCGAAAGCCCGCAAAGCAUGCUAACAAAAUCUCCAGACAGCUCGGUGAUUUUCCCGGCCCCAUUGCCGCGCUUCAUUCCUCCUCCGCCAGCAAGGCAGCCGAGAGCAUUCCCGACAUUUUCACCCUCCUCAACAGACGACUGCGCAACUCGGGACUGCUCUCCCCGGGCCUCGGACUUCUCCAGCAUUGGGAAAGUGACCCCUUCGCCGCCUCCGCCUCCCCCUCCGCCGCCACCUGUGGCGGCACCGCCUACCGGCCCGCCGGAGCUGGUGGCGCCUUCAAGAAAAGUUGUUUUGAAAAACUUGAGCGGGGAGCAGGGUAGUUUGGGAAAUUUGGAAAGUAAAUCUGAGGAAAUGAUGAAACCUAAGCUGAAGCCUUUGCAUUGGGAUAAAGUGAGAGCAAGUUCAGAUAAAUCAAUGGUUUGGGAUCAGCUUAAAUCUAGUUCUUUUCAGUUGAAUGAGGAAAUGAUUGAGACUCUAUUCACGGCCAAUGCUUCUACUAUGAAUGCAAAAGAUGGCCUGAGGCGCCAGAUGAUGCCAGAAAUGAAUCAAGAAAAUCUUGUUCUUGAUCCAAAAAAGUCCCAGAACAUUGCUAUACUGCUAAGGGCUCUUAAUGUCACUGUUCAUGAAGUUUGUGAGGCAAUCUUAGAAGGAAAUGCUGACACACUGAGCUCCGAGCUUCUCGAGAGCUUAUUGAAAAUGGCCCCCACAAUAGAGGAGGAACGAAAGCUGAUGGAGUUAAAUAAUGAUUCACCACUCAAGCUGGGAACUGCCGAGGCAUUUCUAAAGGCGGUGCUCAGUAUACCAUUUGCAUUCAAGAGAGUAGAUGCCAUGCUUUAUGUGGCCAAUUUCGAGUCAGAGGUCAAACAUCUUAAGAGAUCAUUUGACACGCUAGAGUUGGCUUGCAAAGAACUGAAGAGCAGUCGGAUGUUCAUGAAGCUUCUAGAAGCUGUCCUCAAAACCGGUAACCGUAUGAACAAUGGCACUAACCGAGGGGACGCACAAGCCUUCAAGCUCGACACUCUCCUCAAACUCGCUGAUGUCAAGGGCGCGGACGGUAAAACCACUCUUCUCCAUUUCGUCGUCCAAGAGAUCAUCCAUGCUGAAGGGGCCCGCUCAUCCAAACCCGCCCUUCAAAACGAGAAAAGUCAAAGUCAACAGCAGUCAACUCUCAGGGACGAGGUCGAGCUCAAGAAGAUAGGCCUCCAGGUCGUGUCCGGUUUGAGUGGCGAGCUGUCAAACGUGAAAAAGGCAGCUGGCAUCGACUCGGAUUCGCUCGUAAAAGACGUCCAGAAGUUAGUCUCCGGAAUUCACAAGGUUAGAGAAGCUCUUGAGAUGGGUGGCGGGAAAUUCUCGGAGAAUAUGACUGAGUUUCUGAAGAAGGCUGAGGUGGAAAUCGAGAAUGUUCGGAUGAAGGAAGGCGUGGCUUUUUCGAUGGUCAAAGGUUUGACCGAGUAUUUCCAUGGGGACUCGGGUAGUUUGGAGGCUCGGCCACUGAGACUAUUUAUGGUUGUGAGGGAUUUUCUGGUUAUUCUCGAUCGUGUGUGUAAGGAUGCAGGAAGGAUUAAUGAGCGGGCCAGGGUGAAUUCGGGCCAGCAGGUUCUUCAGGGGCAGGCUAAUGUGGGCCCGGGCCCAAAUGCUCCGGUUUUUCCUGGGUUUAGCGAGGGGAGGCAAUCGAGCUCGUCGGACGAUGAGAGCUCUUGUUCGUUUUAGCUGAAGUGGGGUGUAUUGAGAAGUGAUUGUCAAACUAUGUGGUGUAAAAAUAUUUAUGAUGGUAUUAGUUUUUGUACCAAACGAGGUUAAAGUAGAGGAUUUUGUGAUGGGGGAUAUUAUUAUGUAUGUAAUGUAGUAGUUUGAUGUGACUUGAUUUGUUUAUAAGGAAACAGUAUAUUAGUGUUCCACCAGUCAAAACUAGCUUGCAAAUCCUUCAAUUGGCAUUUGAAACUUAAAACUUAAAAGUCAUCACUCUACUGGUUUGAGUAUUGAAAAUUCUGUGAGCCUGCUUGACUAUUAUUUAGUCAAAUCCAUUGAGAUACGC